UUUAUCAGAAUGACAUCUCUGAACAAUUUGGUCACUUUCGUCACCCCUGUUCCCAACCAUUAAAUACUCGACGACCCAAGCGGACGGACAUUUCUCUCUCUCUCUCUCUAAAGCGCAGGGCAGAGAGUGGCGAAUAUUAGAUUCACAGAUUUGUGAGAGAUCUCAACAUUUUCAGUGUUCUUUCUGGGGGAUCCGUUUUACUGGUAGCAGUUGGGGGUGUGGUUUGUUGUCUCACUCUUCAUUUUUUUACCGGUAGCAUUUGGGGGUGUGGUUUGUUUUCUCUCUCCUUGCAGUGCUUGCUGAUUAUGGUUUUCGCAUAAAGGAUAGGUGAUAGUGGUAUUCGAAUCUCCAACAAGUGGUAUCAGAGCAUUAGAUUUUCUACAAUAUAUUUGGGAGAAUGGCGAGUAACCCAAGGUGGAGAAAUUUGAUGGACAAAAUGAUUUUGAGAUUUGGAAAAUUCAAGUUCAUGAUCUUUUGUCCAACAAGGACCAUACAAAGCACUACUUAGAAAGGAAAAGAAUCCGGAAUCCAUAAGUAAUGAGGAUUGGGAGGAAAUGGACCUUGGCUGCAAUUCAAUUGUGCCUAGCAAAUAAGAUUUAUUCAAUAUAGUGGGAGAGAAGACGACAAAAGGCUUGUCGGAGAAAUUGAAAAGUGUUUAUCAAAGCAAAUCUCUUACCAACCAUAUUCUAUUAGAGAGAGAUUUACAAGGAGGAUACAUUGUUACCUCAAUAGACAAAACUGAUGAAAAUCGUCAUCGAAAUACUUUAUUGAACUACCCAAAAAAACCCACGAUUCACCCUAUGAUUAUCUUCAGAUGAUCCAAAAACUUGAGCAACACAAGCUCAUACAAUUUCUUCAUAAAAAUGGACAAGAAAUCCCGCUUCCUCACCUCUUUUCCUUUUCCUGCAAAUUUAAUUUCUAUUGUCAUUAAUAAUAUCCACCUUGAUAGUAAAACACCUACUUGCCUUCUUGAUAACUCUUUUUUUUACUUUUUUAUGAAGCUUAGAGAAGUUAGACUCCAUUUCAACUUCUCUACCAGAAUCGUUGUCGAUAGCAUUAUCCACCACCGAGGCGGAAUACAUGGUGGCAAUAAGUUAGACUCCAUUCCAACUUCUCUAUCAAAACCGUCGUCGAUAACAUUAUCCACCAUCGAGGCGGAAUACAUGGUGGCAAUUGAAACAAGUAAAGAAGUGGUUUGGCUUCAAGGUCUUAUGGGUGAAUUAGGUAUCGAAUCUAUGCUCAUGGAAAUACUUUGUGAUAAUAUUAGUGCCAUUUAUUUGGCUAAGAAUCAUGUUUAUCACAAGAGGACAAAGCACAUAUUAGUCUGAAACCAUUAUGUUCGACAAGUUGUUGAAGAUGGUUUGAUUCGUUUGGUGAAAGUUGGAACCAAGGAAAAUGUGGCGGACAUGCUCACGAAGACGGUUCCCGUAGAGAAGUUGGAAUGGAGCCAACUUCUUUAUGCUUCAUGAAAAAAUAAAAAGGGGAAGGUAAGGCAAGUAAGUAAUUUAUUAUCAAGAUGGAGAUUGUUAAUGGCGAUAGAAAUUCACCUUUCCAUGUAUUUGUCUUUUCCACAUUUGUUAAGAGGUUUCUUCAUCACUAAUUAGGUAACUUGGAUAAAAGCUAAAAAACGAACUUUUGGGCAUACGAUUCACAUUUUCUUGGUUCUUUUCUCUCUCUUUCUAAAAAGCGGUUAAGGCUUCUUUUGGUUAUGGGGGAGAGGGAAAGAGGUGAGGAAGAGGGAUUUCUUGUCCAUUUUUAUGGAGAAAUUGUAUGAACUUGUGUGCUUAAGGUCUUGGAUCAUCCCAAAAGAAUUGCAGGGUAUAUCGUAGGUUUUUUUUUUGUGGUUUCAAGAAGGUAUUUUGGUGAUGGUUUUCACCGGUUUUCUCUAUUGAGGUAUUAUUGUAUCCCUUUUAUAAAAUUAUCUUUGAUAGUGCAAUUACUUGGCGGCAUGCCCGUAGGCGUAGCACUAUGGGGUGAACCACGUUAAAUUCGUGUUGUGGUUUAUCUCUUUUAUUUUCUCUCAUGAUUGUGAUUUCAUCUCUUAUUUAUUUUUUCUAAAUUAUUGCACAUGAUUCUUUGAGCUUAUUAUUAGAUUAUCGAUUUUACAUAUUCGGUUUUGAGUGUGUGAUAUUCGGUGAUCAGUUAAAUUGGUGUUUCGGGUAUUCGAAUCUCCAACAAUUCUGCUCUGUUUUUUCUGGUUGUAAUGGGACAAUGCCUUUGAAAAUGAUCAUCCGAAUUUAACGUUAAUGGGAAAAUGGUAUAUCUUUUAUUAUAUGCCCUACUUGUUGAUGUUGUUAUGGAUUCAUUUCUUCUGUUGGAUAUUGAGACAUCUGUGAUGUGCUUUUAUUGUUAAUUAAACAAUAUUAUCUCAAGGUAAGCAAGUUUGGUGGAUUAAAAGGAACAAGAACAUAUGGUUUGGUGGAUUAAAAGGAACAUGAACAUAUAGGUCUUUGUUUUAGUGGGGUAAUGUGAUCAAUUUCUGGUGACAUACUUUUCUGAGGCAAAUCCAUUGUUCUAAUCAUAUGGGAAGGGAAGUUAUCGGUAGCAUUUCGUAGGGUUCUCAUAUGUUAACAUGCUAUCCAAGGUAGGAAUACAAAAUAUAUUAUAAGCUAAUUAGUGAUGCAUGUGUCUUGAGAACGAAGUAUUAUCUCUUUAACAACCAAUCAAUUGUAUUCCAAGUGGCUUUAGCAAUCACGAUUGUCAACGGUGAUUUGUGCAGUAUGUAGUUGGUGAUAUCAUGCCACCAUGGGAACGCUUGUAUGUAGAAGUAAGAUUUUUCAAUUGUUUAUGGCCUUGUGUAUGAGCCCUAAUGCUCUAUUGUGAUGCAUUCACAGAGUUUUAUAAGGAGCUUUGGACAUAUAAGGCCCUUGCAUCUGUUUUGUGGUUGAGGUGUUUUUUUUACUCUUGGCACAGGGGUAGGGAUAGGCAAAGCUAUAACAUGUCAUCAAGUGUUCCAACUCCACACAUCCAAAACUAAUAUUCACAAUUAAAAACUAGGAUAAGGAAAUUCUCUCAUUUCUAUGGUUUUGAUUAUGUACAAAUAUACGUUCAAUUUUUUAUUUUUUUUAAUAUGUUGACAUUGUAUUGAAAUGUAAAGAGUACAAGCAUGUUAAAAGGCACCUAGGAAGGGUACCCUGUACAGAAACUGACACAGGGGCACAAAAAAUGCUCUACACAGAUUAGGCAUUAAAAAUGGGGCAAGAUGCUCGAUGAGUUGCCGUGUUCCCCUAGUUGGAAUUGAUAGCUGCUCCUUCUCUAGCGAGCAUAUCAGCUGGGUGUUGAAGAUAUGUCUCCAAGAGACUCGGAAAUUUUUCGCGUGGGGGGCUACUUCAUUGCUAAUGUGGUCAAGUCUCCAGGGGCAAGGUGCUAAGCCGGAGGCCCAGGUUAUGACAAUUCCUGGAGUCCCCUUCCACUAACACCUCCAAGCUCUAGCUAAGGUUGAAUUUAUGAAGGCUCUCUAUGAGGGCCAAAGCCCCAACAAUGGUGGAAUCCGCAAAACCAUUGGAAUCCAUAAAACCAAUGGCUUAUGUUUUUGGUGUAUGAAAUCACCAUGAAUUUGGCAAACACGAUCACAGAUGGCCAAUACCAUCCAAGUUAUUGCCGACAAUUCUCUUAUGUUCAUGCUUUUUCUGAAAAAUAGUUUCACUGUGUUAUGAAGAUAACUUUGUGAUUUUUUUAUGAAUGUGUUAUAUUUUAGUUGAGGUUCUUAUGUUUAUAAAAUGAUGGUGUGCAGGUUGGCAUUUGUAACCUUUUCAAUGGUUUAACAUUGCUGCUUAUGAAUACAAAUACGGAUUACUUUAAUGUGUAAAUAUAUCGCAUAAAUACAUUGUGAUUGGUUGUUUUACCAUGAAAAUGGCCUCUCCUUGCGAUGGAACUCUCUCUCCCACUGAGUUCAAGUUUGCAGCAGAAGCCCUCAUGAAAAAAUGGGAAGAGUGCAAGUCAAUUUUGCAUCCAUGGAUAUGGAUACCUUGUCCAAAAUUACCUUUUGGGGCUCCAGAUAAAGCAGGUGGUUAUUUAUCCCUUGAACAUAUUCAUCAUUUUGAAUUCAAAAAGCAGCAAGAUUGCAUAGAGCAAAAGUAUUCUGAGGAAGAAGUAGAAGCUUUGGAUAGUGCAACUUUGGUUUUAAGUGGAGAAAAUGAAACUCACUACUACAAUUUCCAUAUAAUUUACAGUACGUCUUACAAGGUUCCUGUGCUUUUCUUUCGUGGUUACCACCAAGGUGGACAGCCCUUAAAAUGUGAUGAAGUUGAGAAAGAUCUCCCUUUGUACACUUCAAAAUUGCUGGAGGAGUCAAAAUGGACAUUUAUCACUCAAGAGGAGCAUCCGUACUUGAAUUGCCCAUGGUUUACAUUGCACCCAUGUGGAACCAGUGAAUGGAUGAGAUUGCUCCUUCAACAGAGGCUCUACUCCAGCCGUCCAGAGGAUCUGUGCAGUCAUUACUUGGUCGCAUGGUUCUCUGUUGUAGGCCAAGUUAUUGGGCUCUGGGCUCCACUUAACCUUGUACAUUGCUCUUCUUCAUCUUCAUCUUCUGAUACUUUCUGUUCUCAUACAUAGAUAAAACUCAUGGGAAAAUGGUUAAUCAUCAGCUUAUUAAAAGGAAAAAAAGGGAGCGAUGUUUCCAUCAAAGAAAUUGUCAUUGACAAUGGUUAAUCAUCAGCUUAUUAAAAGGAAAAAAAGGGAGCGAUGUUUCCAUCAAAGAAAUUGUCAUCAAUUUACAGAAUUUCUUAAGUGAAGUUUCAUAGAUGAAGUUUUUACUUUGUUUUUCCUUUAUGUUGGUUCUUUGUACGUUGCUGGUUGUAUGGCAACAAGUCUUUGUGUGAGAUCAAACCCCUCCAUUGAGACUUGCCUCUCAAGAUAUUUUCCAA